CUAACUAUAACAAUUGAUUUAUUAGCUGACUAUUAGUAACUCGGAAUAGUACCUAAUAAGCAGCUCCGUAGCGCACACUCCACGACUCGGCCUCCUCUUCCUCGCACUAUUCCGCCGCCGCCGCCGCCGCCUACAAUCCUCCACCUCCCCGGGUCCCGCCGCCGCGCCGCGAUGGAGGAAGACGACGAGUUCGGCGACCUCUACACCGACAUCCUCAUCCCCACUCAGCCCCCCACAUCCACGUCCGCGUUAUCCAACCCUGUUCCAGUCGAAACCCUACCCCGUCCGCCUCCAAACCCUAAUCCUAGCCCUGUGGCGGCGGCGGCGGCGGCGGGGGUGGAGGAAGACGACGACUGGAUCCUAGGAGGGAGCGACCCCAUACCCGGGGUCGACCCGACCGGCGACUGGGCCGACGAGGACGACGACGAAGGCGACCCUGCGCCGCCCGUGAAGCUGCCCGCCGCUGAUAAUGAUCUCGAUCCGCUCAUGGGGGGUGGUGCGGAGGAUUCCGGGCCAGCCAUCCCUGGGCUCUCGUCGUCGGCGGCAGCUGGUGCGGCCGGGAGCGACCAAUGGGACAGCGAUAGCGAGGACGACAUCCAGAUCGUGCUCAACGAGACAGAUGGACGCCGGGGGCUCGGGGAUGAUGAAGGAGACGACGAAGACGGUGAGGACCUCGUCAUCGUCGCCGACGGACCACACAUCACCGGGAUCGACGAGCAGGAUUGGGGAGAGGACCCAGUAGCGGCAGGGGCAGAAGGAGAGCGAAAGGACGGAGGUGAUCCUGGUAAGACGGCCGCGGCACCUGGUGGAAGGAUCGGGUACAGUGGCGGCGGCCAAGGGUUCCAUCAACAGCACCAUUCCAUGUUCAAGUAUGUACGCCCUGGCGCUCCUGUUGCUUCAGCAGGUGGGGUACCUGGUGGUCCUGGUCAGUUCCGCCCUGCUGGACCUUCAGGCCCUUUCUCUGGUCGUGGUAGAGGUGACUGGAGGCCUGCUGCUGGUCGAGGCAUGAAUAAAAGUUUUCAUUCAGGUUAUGGAACCGCUCCAUGGGGUGGUUCAGGGCGCGGUUUUGGUGGCGGACUAGAUUUCACACUUCCUCCUCACAAGACAAUAUUUGAUAUUGAUGUGGAAACCACAUUUGAGGAUAAACCGUGGAAAUACCCUGGUGCUGAUAUUUCAGACUUUUUUAACUUUGGCCUUGAUGAAGAGAAGUGGAAAGAUUUUUGCAAGCAGCUGGACCAACUUCGACUAGAAUCCACAAUGCAAUCUAGAAUACGGGUGUAUGAAAGUGGCCGCUCAGAACAGGAUUAUGACCCAGAUUUGCCACCAGAGCUAGCUGCUGUGACUGGUCAUCCAGACAUCUCUGCUGACAAUCGCAAUAAAAUGGAUAACGGCCAUACAGAUUUUAGUGCCCAAGGAAGAGGUCCGGCAAACGUGCGGACACCAGUGAUGACAGGGAGACCUAUACAAGUUGAAACUAAUUACACAGACCGGUUUCCAUCUAUUGAUUCACGCUCACAUCGAAUGCGUGAAUCAUAUUCUGUUAUUGAGAUUGUGUGCCAGGGCCGUGAUUCAAUGGAUGAUGAGACAGUGGACCAAACUGAAAAAGAUUCUCAAAGAGGUUAUAAAGGAGUCCAUGAUGUUGAGGAGGGUAAGCCAUAUCCAACAGAUAAGAUUAAUAAUUCUGGUCAUAACUCAAAUUUGGUGAUAAAGACAGAACAUAAGAGACAGCCACCUGUUUCACCUGAAUGUGAUAUGUUAUCCACGGAUGUCAAUGCUCCCUCCCCUCCCAGCUACAAGACAAGAGGUUCUCCUCGUGAAGCAAGGUCAUUGAAAGGAAGUUCACUGAGUCAGAAUUCUAUUCGGGAAAUUGAAAGCUCUAACGACAUAAUACCUCAUCAAAUAUCUUCAGAGAGACGCCAUGAUUCCCGGAAUGAGAACCUUGUUGAGGGCGAUUCAGAAGGAUCACUUGCUGCUAAUGAUAACACGACAGAUAAACUGAGUACAGAAGAUCAUUUUGAUGGUGGUGGUGGUGAUGAUGAUGAUGCCACAUUGGUUGGUAGUGUUGAAGUGGAUGGUGAUGAUGCUACUUUAGACCCCAACAUGCCUAGUGAUGCAAAUGAGGAUGAUGACCUGGUUCACUCUGAUAAAAAGCAGAAACAUAUAGCUGGGGUUGAGCAACCUACUGGACACAAUGGCAGUGAACCUGUUGAAUUGAGAACUAAUGAAAAUAGUAAAGGGAUGUCUGGAAGCAGCAAAGAUCAGCAGAAACGCCUUGAAUUGGGUGAAGAGGUUCUUCAAGAUAGGCAAUCAAGGAGAGUAAAUAAUGCAAGAAGGCAUCAUGACGCAGAAGAACACAAUCUUCGCCGGAAAGAUGAGUACUCACGAGAUGUAAAAUCAGAUUUGGAAAGAUCACAUUUACCCUCCAGAGGCAGGGAAGAUAUCCACCAAUCUUAUGUAAACAGAGAUCGUGUUGACAUGCGGGGUAGGAGUUAUGAUAAGGUAAGAGAGACAGAAAUUUUGCCAAGGAGAGAUGAUGGUGUUCACAGCCGACGAGCUAAAGAAGAAGAUUUGAGGCUGGAGUACAAUGUUGAAGGUGGUGCAAGGCAUAGAAAUAAGAUGAGGCCCAUUGAUAGGAAUGAUAGAGAUGAAGAUCUUUCACGGAAGCGUUUGGAUGAUGGCGAGUGGAGGGGAUCUCGGCAAAGAGAGCGUGGUGAUGUGGUUUUGAAUCGCCGUGAAAGUUUGGACGAUUCUCAUAUCAAGAGAAAUAAGGACGAUGAGAACUUGCGGAGGUUGAAGCCUGAAAAUGAAGACAUGGUCAUGGCACAUGGUCAUAGAGCAAGAGAUGAUAAUAACAGAAGAAAAAAAGAGAGGGGCGAUGAAAUUGAUCAAAAAAGACGAGAUGAUAGUGGUAGACUGCAGGGGAAGGUUGAUGACCGUUAUCAUGCCAAACAAAAGGAUGACAACUGGAGACAAAGAGAAAGGGACAAUAGACAGAGGCCCAAGCAUGAAAAUGUGUUAACCCUUCCGAAGGAAGAAGGAAGAGGAACUGGUCGGGGUAGUCGGAUGAUGGAUGAUAAGUUGGUCAGUGGUGGUAGGAAGAAGGGUGAACCAAGAUCUUCUGUAUUAAGCAAAGACACUCGAGAACGUACAAGGCAAAAUGAAUCUUCGAGGAGAGGUCAGGGUGUGGAAGAAAACAACAUGCAGAAUAAAGGGCGUUCUGAUGUACAUCCACGUGAUGACAGUUUAAACAGUGAGAGGAACUCCAGGCAAGAAAAACAAAACAAUAAUCGUCUAUCUGGCAGUUCUGAUGCUCGCCAUGCAGGUAGAGAUAGGCAUAGGGAGAGCACAAGGAAGGGCAGAGGUUCUGAGCUUGGUGAGCAUGAUCUCCACAGAUCAAGCAAAAGGCGACGUGAAGACCAUGAAAGCCAUCACAGUGGGAAGGUUGAAACAAAAGAAGUGAAUGAACAAGAUAGCAGUAGAGGCCAUGCAACAUUAUCCAAGAAGAGCCAGAAUCCUCAGCCAGAUAAUUCAUUGGUGAAUCAAGUGGAAGAAGACGCCUCAGAUGAUGAAAAUCACGAGGAUUCUAGAAAGGGACGCUCUAAAUUGGAGCGAUGGACAAGCCACAAAGAGAUAGAAUAUAGUAAUAUCGAUGAUGAUAAUACAGAGACAUUUCCGACCAUCAAAGCUGAUGUUGAAGCCGAUGAGGUGGGUAAAUCUGAAGUUUCUGCUGCAGUUGGCAAUUCAGACAUCAAUAGCAAUGUUGAUACUGGGCAAACAUCUGAUAAGAGUGACCGACAUCUAGACACAGUUGAGAGGCUCAAGAGACGAAGUGAGCGUUUCAAACUUCCCAUGCCUGGCGAGAAGGAUACGCCUCAAAGCAAAAAGGUGGAUACCGAAGUGCAGCCUCCCCAAAAUGAAUCUACUGCUGCUGAUAUGGAAGUGAAGCCUGAGCGGCCAGCUCGGAAGCGGAGAUGGACUGGGAGUUAGUUGAACUAGCAUAACGUUUCCACUUUUCAGCAGAUUUCAUGGCAGAUGCUUGCGCUUUGCCACGUUUUUCCUCGUACAGUUGAAAGUUGAAUUGAUGUAUGGUUUUACUGUCUAGCAUACACAUGUACCUGUAAACUUAGUUUUUUUUUGUGUGGCUGGGAACUGGAUACUGUACUAAAACCCCAUCCAUUUUCCCACUAUGAUUCUGGUGACCUCAAUGUGGCACAGGAGCCACUGUACUCCGGGUAAGUUCCGAGGCUGUUAUGGGAAGCAGUGGCCUCGGAGUUUCCCAGUUGAAUAUCUGGGUUCGGCAUGAACUACAUUUUGAUGAAGCUGGAGUGCCCCUGCUGCAAGGUUCUUUUGUUUGAAGUUCUGGUGGCCUGAAGCACCGGGUCUUGUAACAAUCUUGUGUUGGUGGGAGAUACUUGCAAGAUGUGAUGGUUGAAUGUUUGGCACGUGAUGAUGAUGCUGUUUUAGGAACCACCAAUAGGUGAUAGAAACCAGGGGCUAGAGAUUUCAGAACUGACAUAAUCACAAAUUUGUAUGCUUAAUACUAUGUUAGUCAUGUACAUUCUGAUAAACGUAUAAAUGUCGUGCAUGAUCUACCGGAGUAAGGUGUCUAAGACUAGUGUGUAGAGCUCCACGGUGCACUUUUUGGGUCGAGCAAUACAUAUAUAUGUACCUGUAGAGAGUGUUAGGUAGAAAUAACAUGAUUGUUUGCUUGUUGUAGGUUUGCGGUGUAUGUAACUGGUUCGUGUAGAAUUUUGCUAACCAUAGAGUUUUGAAUGGCAUUAUCUAAAUUUAUUGAAAUUUAGCAUUUCAGAUUA